UUAACCAAAAGGAAUUAACUAUAAUAGACUUGAUAAAUAAUGUGAAAAUAGGGCUCGUCCUAAAACCCUAAAAGAUACAAGACGUUUUCUUCUCAAGGGUUUAGGUCUUUAGGUGGUUCGUCGCUCUGUGGAGAUUUGAAAGAGACGAUCAAAAUCUGCAGAUAUGAGUCUGGUAGCAGGAUCAUACGAGCGAUUCAUCUGGGGAUUUAAGCUCAAAACCCUAAAACACUCCACUGAAACCCUAACCUUGUCCCCAAUUUUCUCUUUUCCAUCACAUCUUUCACCAAUCAAGUCCGUCGCUGUCGCCGGCUCCGUCGCUGUGUCAGGUGGCUCCGAUGACACCAUCAAAAUAUACGACUUAUCAACUUCAUCGGAGGUUGGUUCACUUAACGAUCCUACCGCCACCGUCACAUCGCUCGCCCUCUAUACCCCUCCGUCCCUGUCCUCUUUUCCUCGUAACCUGUUCUCUGCGUAUGACGACGGUAACAUCUCGUUAUACGACGCCGACCCCUUCGUUCACCUAAAGACGAUGAAGAUACAUAAAAAGGGUGUUAACGAUUUGUCUGUUCAUCCGUCGGGGAAGUUGGCGCUGACAGUGGGGAGAGAUUCGUGUUUAGCUAUGGUGAAUUUGGUUAGAGGAAGGAGGAGUUUCUGUUGUAGCUUGGGGAAAGAAGCUUCCAUGGUGAAAUUUGAUUGUAGUGGUGAUAAGUUCUUCAUGGUAAUGGAUGAGAAAAUCUCUGUGCACGAAGCAGAGGAUGCAAAACUGAUUCUUGAAUUGGAAUCCAAGAAAAAAGUUCUUUGCAUCGCACCUGGCAUGAAUGGACUUGUAUAUGGUGGUGGAGAGGACAGGAAUCUUACAGCAUGGGAUACAGUUAGUGGGAAGGUUGCAUAUUGCAUUGAGGAUGCACAUUCAUAUCGUUUAAAAGGAAUUGUAGUGCUUUCAAAGAUUGAUGGAGCAUCUGAAGAUGAACUGUUUUUGGUAGCAUCUGCAUCUUCAGAUGGAAUUAUUCGUGUUUGGGAUGUUCGUAUGGCUAAUAAGAAUAAGUCAAUUCCAUUGGCUGAAGUUAAUACCAAGUCUAGGCUCACUUGUCUUGCUGGAUCAUCUGUUAAAUCAAUCAAGAGGCCUCUUGCUGAUUCGAGUAAAUCAAGUAAAGAAGAGGACGAACCAACUGAAGAUUUGUAGUAUUCUUGUAAUUUAUGGAUUGUAUUUUUAAUGUUCUCAUUUUCAUUUUUGAUCGAAUAUUUUGACAUUAUACAACGUGAACAAUGUGAUUUUUAUUUA